AUGGCAUUGGCGGCGAGAGGAGGAGGUGGCGGCGGCUCGCGGACGGCGGCGACGACGGCGGCCAAGCACCGCAAGGUGCUCAAGAUGACCAAGGGCUACUACGGGCGGUCAAAGAACACGUUCCGCGCGGCGCGGCGGCGGCUGGACAAGGCCAUGCAGUACGCGUACCGUGACCGGCGGACAAAGAAGCGCGAGUUCCGCAAGUCGUGGGUCCGUACCGUCUCGGCCGCCGCCCGCGAGCACGGCGUCCGCUACGGCGAGCUUGUCCACGCGCUCGACACCGCUGGCGUCGUCCUCAACCGCAAGAUCCUCGCAGAGCUCGCCGUCACCGAGCCGGCUUCGUUUGCUGGUCUGGUUGACGUCGUCCGCCCGGCUGUUGUCGACACCCGCGCCGCUGCGGUCGUCAAGUCGACAGAGGCCAAUGCUCGUGAGCGUGCCCGCCGCGAUGCCCGCUCCAAGGACGCCCCUGUGGAGGAGUACACUCUGGACGAGGUUCUAGAUGCCGUCCGCGCUGCCAAUCAGGCUGCGGCAUCAGGGUAGGAGUGUAAAGCUUUAGGUAG